UGAAGACCCCCAAGCGUAUCAUCCACUUUGGCUAUUCCUAUUAGUAUUACCCCAUGUUGAAGUUUUUAGGAGGAUUGGUUGCAUUCUCCUCACCUUCUCUUUCACCUCUUCCUUCCAUGUACAAAGCAGUGUGCAUUUCCUCCUCCUCGUCCUCCUCCAUUAAAGCUAUAAAGCCAGCUAGUCGGAGAGUUUCGCGCAGUACUCUUUGUAGUGCAAGGAGGAGGGUGAGAUACGACGAUGAAGGCGAUGAUGACAAGGAAGAAUAUGGACACAAUGCCGAGAUAGCGUUGCUGGAGUUGUAUAGUCAGUCUGCGAGGGACGAAGCACUUCUUGUGAAUGCAAUGGUAGAUGAGCAUGCAGUAGAAGUUCUCAUCUUCAAGGGAUUCUCAUCGUGCUUGAGCUACAGGACUUCUCCGGAUCCAUCACGGAGUGUUCUUCCACAGAAGGCAAAGAUUAAGUCCAUAGAUAGAAUAAAAGGGCCUUUUGACCCCACUGAUAUUGAAUACCUUGAAAAAGGAUUGACAUGGGAAGAUUUUAAGAGCCGAUUAUCACCAAAUUAAAGAGUUUUGGUUUGGUGGCUAUUGAUGAAAUACUUUUUGUCUUUUCUUUUUCUUUUUUUUUUUCCUUUGUUAUUGGAAUUACACAACUAAUAAUAAGGAAAAAUAU